AACCCUAAAGGCCGUUCUUCUAACAACAAAUGCCUCAUCGGCACAUCAUGACCGUCGAAUCCUCGGAUCCAACGGCCCAAGCCGUUCCGUCGCUCGUGCUUAUCACUCCCGUCUUCUUCACUGACUCUGCUCCCCCCCCCCUCCCUCUCUCACUCUCAUCUUGUUUCACUCUCACUCUGAUCUUCCGUUCGCGAGGAGAUGAAGCAGUUCGCCAUUGAACUUGCUCAAUGAGAGGAUCGAGCCUUCUUCUUGAGCCGGCCCUUUGAUUUCGUGACAUGGCUCCAUUGAUUCUGAUUAAGAAAGCAGCUUAUUUCCUCCAUUUGACCCAAUUCAUCCGAUCACUGACAAACCUGAGCUGAAACCCACCUCAAGUUUCGAUCUUGAUGCGAUUUCCUCAGCUGUUUGCACUUGAAAGAGUUGACUAUGAUCACCGACACGUACCCGAACAUGACGGCUCACGGGGAUUUGGAGAGGGAGCUGAACAUGUACCGCAGUGGCUCCGCGCCGCCGACCGUGGAGGGGGCGCUGACGGCGGUCGGGGGCCUUUUCGGCCCCCGGGAGAAAAUCGGCGGGGGAGGCUUCGUCCCUGAGGAGGAGCUGAGGGCUGACCCGGCAUAUGUUAAUUACUACUACUCCAACGUGAAGCUGAACCCGAGGCUUCCCCCGCCACUGCUCUCGAAGGAGGACUGGCGGUUCACGCAGCGGCUGAGCGGCGGCGGCGGCGGUGGCGGAGGGGUUCCUGAUAUGAGGGCGGUGGGCGGAGGUGGGCCCGGGGAAGGGUCUCUGUUCUCGGUCCAGCCCGGGUUCGGGGCGAGCGAAGAGGCGAAAGGGAGCGACUGGGGCGGCGAUGGGUUGAUCGGGUUGCCCGGGAUAGGGCUCGGGAGCAGGCAGAAGAGCAUCCAAGAGAUCAUUCAGGAUGAUAUGAAUAAUGGAGCAGCAGCCACGAGGCACCUGUCCCGUCCAGCUAGCCGAAAUGCAUUUGGUGAAAGUCUUGAUUUUUCUGAAAUUUUUGAUUCGUCAAACCCUAUUUCGAGUAAAAAAGGUGCGAUCGGUUCAUCGGUUUCUCACAGUUAUGCUUCUGCUCUCGGGGUUGGGGCAUCCCUGUCCAGAAGCAACACACCUGACCCUCAACUUGUCGACAGAGCUCCCACUCCUCGAAUCCCCACUGUUGGCGUCGGAAGGGUUAAUUCGAUGGACAAGAGAAGCAUUAAUGGCCAGAAUUCAUUCAAUGGCAUGCCGGAGUCCGAAGAAGACCUAGCUGCCUCUUUAUCUGGGUUGAAUCUCGCCUCGAAUGUUCUAUUAGAUGAGGAAAACCAUCCUCAUGCCAAUAAAGAGAUCCAUAAGCCAGCUCUUAUUUCUCCUCUCAAUAAUAGCUCAUUCGUGAAGGGACCUUCUUCUACUAACCGUCGUCAUAAUUAUGGCAUGAGCGGACACGCGUCAACUAUAAGUCCUACAUCACAGAUGCCUCUAUUUGAAAAUGUUGUUGCUGCAUCCUCAUUGGGAAUGCAUGGGCUGGACCCAAGGGCAUUCGGUGGAAAUUCGCCUCUAGGCCCGAAUUUAAUGGCAGCAGCAGUAGAUUUACAUAAUAUUGGUCGGGCUGGAAAUCAGAUGGGUCCCUUUCAGUACUCGAGGUUGAAUGAGUUUCGGGAGCCGAUUAUGGAUAGAGACGGGAUAGGAAAUUCAUACGCUAAUUUACUGGGGCUCCAAAAGGCCUACUUUGAUGCAUUGCUUUUGUCCCAAAAGUCACCAUACGGUAACCCUUAUCUUGGGAAGUCAGGUGGAUUUAUGAAUAAUGGAUACAAUAAUGUGAACCUGGGCUGUGCAAUGGGAAUGUCUUAUCCUGGAAGUCCCCCAUUCCCGAAUUCUCCAAUGAGGCAGAGUGAGCAGAAUCUUCGCUGUCAGUCGGGGCCAAGGAACUUAAAUGGUGCGUUCUUUGGGGGAUGGAAUCCAGACGCUGGCGUUGGCUUGGAUGAGAAUUUCGUGCCCUCGUUGCUGGACGAGUUCAAGAACAACAAAGCUAAGUGCUUUGAGCUGUCAGAAAUUGUGGGCCAUGUUGUUGAGUUCAGUGCUGAUCAAUAUGGGAGUCGUUUCAUUCAACAAAAGCUUGAGACUGCAUCCACGGAAGAAAAAGACAUGGUUUUUCAUGAAAUCAUGCCCCGAGCCCUGACACUGAUGACUGAUGUAUUUGGGAACUAUGUUAUUCAGAAGUUUUUUGAGCAUGGAAGUCCCUCUCAAGUUCGCGAACUUGCGGAGCAGCUCUAUGGGCAUGUACUAACUCUAAGCCUUCAAAUGUAUGGAUGUCGAGUAAUUCAAAAGGCAAUAGAAGUAGUUGAGCUGGACCAGCAAACAAAGAUGGUGACAGAGCUUGAUGGUCAUGUUAUGCGCUGCGUUCGAGAUCAGAAUGGGAACCAUGUGAUCCAAAAAUGUAUCGAGUGCAUUCCUGAAGAGGCCAUUCAUUUCAUCGUCUCUGUCUUCUAUGAUCAAGUCGUGACUCUGUCUACUCAUCCAUAUGGCUGCCGCGUCAUACAGAGAAUUCUUGAGCACUGCCACAACCCAAAAACCCAACAGAUAAUGAUGGAUGAGAUAAUGCAAUCAGUUUGCAUGUUGGCACAAGAUCAAUAUGGAAAUUACGUAGUGCAGCAUGUGCUGGAGCAUGGGAAGCCACAUGAACGUACUGCAAUAAUCAAGACAUUAACUGGGAAGAUAGUUCACAUGAGCCAGCAGAAAUUCGCCUCCAAUGUUAUUGAGAAGUGUUUAGCCUUCGGAACUCCAAUGGAGCGACAGGUCUUGGUCAACGAGAUGCUCGGUUCUUCUGAUGAGAAUGACCCUCUUCAGGUGAUGAUGAAGGAUCAGUUUGCAAACUAUGUUGUGCAAAAAGUCCUGGAAACUUGUGAUGACCACCAACUUGAAGUAAUCAUGAACCGAAUAAAGAUACAUUUGAAUACUCUCAAAAGGUACACUUACGGGAAGCACAUUGUUGCUCGUGUGGAGAAACUGGUUGCUGCUGGCGAGCGGAGGAUCAGCAUUCUGAAUCCACACCCAGCAUAGCAUUAGCGUAGGAGAAGCUGUACAGCUAACUGAGGACCUACGGAAUAGGGUGACCUCUCUCUUCUUUUUCCUUUUGUUCUCUCAUGUUUAGUCGUAGCUCCAUCUAUUUAUUUAGAUAGAUAGGAGCAGCUGAGAAUAAAGAUUUGUCGGGUUUGUACUUUUUAAGAACAUGUACCAUAUAGAAUCGUGCUGACAUGCGUAUGCGGAGGUGUUUUUAAGAGUUGAUGUACAAGUUCUGUAAGAGUGUAUGUAUAGCAGAAAGAGGUAGUAUAUCUAUGGCCUGUGUACACAUGUAAUUUCGGAUUGGAGUUUCCAGGUGUCUUAAAAAGUCUCUUACUGAUGUAUCGAGUUAGUUUAAUCUUAUAGAACUGUUUGAACUUGCUACUUAACGAGUUAUUACUUUCUUAC